AUGAUUGGCUUCGGGACGUACAAACAGGAGACGGCGCGGGAGUGCGUCCUGUCGGCUCUCGAGUGUGGCUAUCGCUUCUUGGAUUGUGCUCAGUUCUAUGGGAACGAGAGAGAAGUGGGGCUUGCGAUCAAGGACAGUGGCAUCCCCCGCGAAGAGUUGUUCCUUGCCAGCAAGGUGUGGACAGACAAGAUUUUCGAAGGAGCAGAUGCAGUCAGGAAGCAGGUCCAGCAAACCCUCGACGACCUCGGGACGGACUAUCUCGACCUGUAUCUGAUCCAUUGGCCAGUUCCCAGCAAGCACGUGGAGGCAUACAAGGUGCUGGAGGAGCUGCAGGCUCAGGGCAAGCUGAGGUCGAUAGGGGUGAGCAACUACGUCAUCGAGGACCUCGAGGAGCUCAUGCAAUCGGCCAAGGUUGUUCCGGCGAUCAAUCAGAUCGAGGUCAACCCGUUCCUGUACAGGAAGAGAACCAUCUCCUACUGCCAGUCGAAGGGCAUUGUUGUCCAAGCUUACCGGGCCCUGAGGGAUGGCAAGGCAUUCUCACACCCGUUGAUCCUUAAGAUGUCGGAGAAGUACAACAAACCCCCUGCCAACAUCCUCGGAAGGUGGUGUGUACAGAAGAACGUAAUCUACAUCCCCAAGUCGGUCAAGAAGGAAAGGAUGCUUGCCAACAUGGAUGUGUUCGAUUGGACGCUUGAGGAGAAGGAUAUGCAAGAGUUGGACCUCCUCACGACUGAGGAGAAUCUAGAGACGUUCAAGGCCCUCUACCUGAAAUGUGUUCUGAGAGAUACUCCGCUGAGCGGCACGGAGGAGGGAAAGAAGUUGCUACGCACUGCCUUCACGAUCGACUAA